AUGGAAAAGCGUUUGGAUUCGAGGAACCAGGUGGUGGAAGAAAUCAUGAGAAUCCAUAGAUCGUUACCGUCGAGACCAGAUAUCGACGACGUCGAAGCCGCGACUUCUCUGAUACAGAACGUUGAAAAAGACGAUCAGAGCCGCUUGGAAGCCAUUGAUAAACAGAAGAAAAGCUCCGAUGUUCCUCGGGAGCUUUUCGACGUGUUGCAAGAGAUGAAGCGAGGUCUUGUUCAUUUCCAAAGCAGAGAACAGAAGAGAGAAGCCACGAAAAUCGUCGAUCUGGAAUCUGUACACGUUGUGUUCGACGAUUUGAUUCAGAGAGCUUCCAAUUGCAUUGCUCCCUCGCCGCCUUCCUCCAUUGUUGACUCUACCGCUCCGGUUGUUUCAUCUUCUGAUUCUCCGGCGAAGAGUUUGUAUUGUUCCGAUCAGGCUCCUGUAAAAUCCAAGGAAAUGUUCACUCGCGACGAUACAUUUGUGACGACGAAACCCAAAUCUUCGCUCUACAGCGACGGGUUAUUAGCUCCUCGCAAGUCUCAGGUUUCAGAUUCAACACUUCAGGCUAAAAAAGUCACCGGCAUUGAUGGGGAGAAACUGAGUCUCAUAAAACUUGCAAGUUUGAUUGAAGUAUAUGCCAAGAAAGCUACUCAGGAGCUAAAUCUACAGCACAAGCUGAUGGAUCAGCUCGAAUGGCUUCCAGAUUCUAUAGGCAAGUUAACGAGUCUGGUUAGGCUAGAUUUAUCUGAGAAUUGCAUCAUGGUACUACCACCAACCAUCGGAGGGCUUUUGUCAUUGACGAGGCUCGAUUUGCAUUCGAACAGAAUCGGCCAGCUUCCUGAGUCUAUAGGAGAUUUGGUCAACUUGGUCAACUUGAAUCUUAGUGGAAACCAGUUAUUGUCUCUGCCAUCAGGAUUUAGUAGAUUGAUCAAUCUUGAGGAAGUUGAUUUAAGCUCUAACAGCCUCUCUAUACUCCCUGAAUCCAUCGGUUCUCUCGUGAGCCUCAAGAAGCUCGACGUUGAAACGAACAAUAUCGAAGAGAUUCCGCAUAGUAUCUCUGGCUGUGCUUCUCUGAAAGAGCUCCGUGCAGAUUACAACAGGCUUAAGGCUCUCCCUGAAGCUGUUGGGAAGAUAACUACCUUGGAGAUACUGAACGUCCGUUACAAUAACAUUCGGCAGCUACCGACAACAAUGUCCUCCAUGGCUAACCUCAAGGAGCUAGAUGUGAGUUUCAACGAGCUUGAGUCAGUGCCGGAGAGCUUAUGCCAUGCGAAAACGCUUGUUAAGCUUAACGUUGGGAACAAUUUUGCAAACCUGAGAUCGCUCCCGGGGUUAAUAGGCAACCUUGAGAUGCUGGAAGAGCUUGAUAUGAGCAAUAACCAGAUCCGUCUCCUUCCUUACUCGUUCAAAGAGCUUUCACAGCUUCGUGUGCUUCGCACACAGCAAAACCCACUUGAAGAGCUUCCAAGGGAAGUAACCGAAAAAGGCGCUCAGGCCGUGGUUCAAUACAUGAAUGAUCUCGUGGAGGCAAGAAGCACCAAAUCUCAAAGAGGUAAACCGAAGAAGAGCUGGGUCAACAGUAUCUGCUUCUUCUGCAAGUCCACCAACUAA